AUGCUCGGGACCGAGCUGGUGCUGUUUGCCCUGAACCAGACUCUGCUGCAACAUGAGAGCGUGCGGGCAGGGAGCCUGCAGGCGCCCUACACCACGGAGGACCUCAUCAAGCACUACAACUGCGGGGAUCUCAACGCUGUCAUCUUCAACCAUGACACGUCCCAGCUGCCCAGCUUCAUCAACACCACGCUCCCGCCGCAUGAGCAGGUGACAGCGCAGGAGAUCGACAGCUACUUCCGCCACGAGCUCAUCUACAAGAGGAAUGAGCGGAUGGGGAAGAGGGUCAUGGCGCUUCUGCAGGAGAAUGAAGACAAGAUCUGCUUCUUUGCCUUCGGAGCAGGUCAUUUCCUGGGAAACAACACGGUCAUCGACGUCCUUCGGCAAGCAGGGCUGGAGGUGUUGCACACACCUGCGGGGCAGACCAUCCGCAGCCCUGCCGCCCAGAGCCCUGCGCCCCCCGCCGAGGGGACCUCGGCGAGCCCGGCCCCUGCCACCCCUGCCGCCGCCGCCGUCCCCGCAGCGCCCUCGGCCACCCCCACCGCGCCGCCUGAGGAGGAGGACCCGGCCCUGUCCCCACACCUCCUGCUCCCCGACAGCCUCAGCCAGCUGGAGGAGUUUGGGCGGCAGAAGAAGUGGCACAAGAGGCAGAACAAGCAGCAGCGGCCACGGCAGUUCAAUGACCUGUGGGUCCGCCUCGAGGACAGCACGGCCGCCUCACCGCCCCCGCCGCCCCUGCAGCCUACGCACAGCUCCGGGACAGCAGGGCCCCCCUUGCAGCCCUCAGAGCGGCUUCAGCAGCGGGAAGAGCCUGGCCCCACCAGCAGCUCUGCGCCCUGUCGCCCCCAGCCCACUCUGGGCCUCCUCCCCGCCAUCCUGGCCAGUGUUGCCGCCCCCCUCCUGCGGCUCGCCCUUGGGCCCUCCUGACUUUGGCCACCAGUGCAGAGAAGCCAGAGAAACCACAGGAGGGUCUGUGGCUACACCCCACUGCCCCUGCCCCCACGUCCAGGGUGCCUGACACCUCACGGGCAGUCCAGACGGGAUCCGUUAGAACACUAGAGCUUUAUUGUACCCAAGUUACAUCUUCUUUUUUGUAGAAGGAUCUUAAUUUCCCAUAGUGCUAUGGGGCUCUUUUGUAAAAUAUGUGUCCAUAUUAAAAAAGAAAAGUGUAUUUAUUCUACCGAUAAAACUAUUUUUAUGUGGCCUAUGUUAACCCUUUAAGUAGCCCCAGUGCCAACCCAGGAAGUGAACCCAGGCUGCCAGGAUGUCUGCAAACCUCAGGCAGACCGUGGCUUUGAACUGGCUUGCUCCUAGACCCGCAGAAGCCUCCAGUGUCUGGGUUUGGCUUCUCCCACCAUGGGGAUCUCAGAGAGAGGGGCAGGCAGACAGGCUUAGCUUUUGUGAAGCUGGAUCUGGGAGCCAGAGAUGUGAACGCUGACGAUCCUUCCCUCCCCUGGAUGCAUCCUAGGGUGGGAAGAUACUUUAGGAAAGAAUGCUGCUAUUUUGAAAGCCCUGAGUGUCUGUGAACUGGCCUUCCAGAGCUCUUGGUAAGUGUUUGGACCAAAGCACGGGGUUGGGGGAGGGAUGGUGGUGCUGAGGGGGGAUAUCCCCCAGCCCUCUGUGACAAAUGGUUAAGUUGAGAUCCAAAGAGAAGAAGGUGGUUGCCCAAGGUCAUGCAGUAAGUGGGAGAGCUGGGGUGUGAAUCCGGACCUCUCUGUUCUGGUUUCAUUAAUCUUCUAUAAGCCUGGCUUAUAGAAGAGCCUGUUGAAGUCACGGCCAAACAGAGUGAGCUGGGCCAAAGGACAGGCAUGGGCACAAAAAGGCAAUUUUAGGGACUGAGGCUCUAGGAGUCGCAUGGUAAUAAUAAUCCUAAUGUAAGCCACCAUUUGUCCAAAGCCUGCAGUGUGGCAGGCAUUUUGCACACUCACUUUAUCACUGAUCCUCAUGCCAGUUCUGUGAGAUGUGAUUGUCCGCAUUUCACAGAUGAGGAAACUGAGCCCCCCAAAUGGAUAAAUGGACUUGCCUAAGGUCACCUGGCUGGGACAUGACCCCCGAUCAGUAUGAUUCAGAAGCGAUGCUUGUCCCCUGGACCAUAUUUUGCCAUGUUCUUGCUGCACAGGGAAGCUCCAAGGAAGGCAGAUCUCACCCAAAUGGGCCAGUACAAGCUCCUUGCUCCAACCAAAGAGACCUAUUGGCCACAGUCACUCAUGUUGGCCCCUCUGAACGAAGGGCUCUGGCAACAGUGUGGACCACGUGUCCCAUGCCCCAGCUUGUCUUAUCUUGGAGCCAGUGAGAGGCUUUCCUAUCAAAUCAGAGGCUGGUGGGUGGGGGAAUCUGGGCAGGCAGGCAACUGAGACUUAGGGAAACUGACCUCACUCCUCUGCCUCCAGGGUGGUAGCUGAGAUAGCAGAGGACCGAGGUUGGCUGCCUCCUAGCCCUAAAUCCCCACUGGGCUGGUGGCUCAUCAGUUACAGAGUUUUGGAACCCAUGAGCAGAAAGUGCCCCUCAUUUGACAGAUAAGAACGGCAAUAAUAAUCAUGAGGCCCAGAGAGGAGAAGCACUUCCCCAAGGCUGCACAGCUGGCCGGUCUGCUGACCCCCAGCCCAGUGCUCCACACCCCGGGUUUCCCUGGCAGGCCUGGUACUGGCUGAUUAGCCCCAAUGCCAUUGUGCCCAGCCUGGCAGCUGUCUCCCUUCUGAGACAGAAUUUUGGACAGCUCUGGAUGGCCAGAGGUCCUGUGAGCAUCUUGGCCAGCAGCUAACUUCUUUUCAUCUCGGCCCUGGAUGGACAUGUUUGAGCUUAAGACCUGGCAGGAGUCCUGAGAUCUGCUUCAGAGGAUCCAGCCAGCCCCAUGGGCAUCACGUUGUAAACUGAACUUGACCCCAACCAGGGCUGGAGCCCGUUUAUCUUUGGCAGAAAUGUGACUUCCUAUUUCUGAGUGGGAAGGGGCUUCGCUGACUUCUAAAGCAGGCUCGGAAGGCCUGUUGGACAUCAAACAGAUGGCGUGGAGCGCUCUGUAGAUGAGAUAAGUGUCAAGGAAUUAGAAGCCAGAUUUCCCUCAGUUCAGUGCAGUGUGUGGCAUGAGAUGCACUCAGCCGAAGCUUGAGGUGAAUUAAAGAUGAGACAUUUGAGCGAACAGUCCAGGUACCUGACUGCAUGCCCAGUUCUGUGGCGGGCACGAGCCCAGAGAGGUGAAUCAACCCACCGUGUGACAGUCGAGCGUGCGCGCACGGUGCCCAGUGAGGUGCUAAGACCUCCUCUGUGCACCUUUCCUGGCCCAGAGGAGCCCCUCAUCAUCAAGGUGGAGCAAGCAGCCCAGUCGUAGGUUCCUAAAAGGAACUUUAGAGGUUAUCCUACCCAGGCCCCUGACCACAGACAGAUUCAGCCCUAGUCUUCCCCAGAUCCAUCCUCUGGAGAGAUUAGGAGAUUCCAAACGUUCCCUCCAACAAGCGCUCAAGUGUCUAAAGAAAGAUGGAUGGCGGCAGAGGGGCGGGCCGGCUGAUUAGGUAGGCCAGUGCCAAGGGGACAGCCGGAGCCGAUGUCGAUCGGACGUCUACAGCCUGAGCUCACGGAUCCCUGCAGCCCACCCACCGGCCGGGGUGGGAAACAAACCUACAUCCCAGAAGACCUGAGGCAUGUCUGUGGAAAUUUGCACGGCUGGGACACUGAAUUCUCUCAUCCCGAGCCAGGGAACCACCACGCCAUCCGUAGCCACUUACACACUUUGGAUAUCUAUCCACCACUGCUGACAUUUUUCCAGCAUGUUCUAUGUGCCUGUCCUCAUAAAAAGCCCCUGUUGCUCUGAGAGCCCCGUGUACAUUUCUUAGGGCUUUCAUGGUUGACCUUCAGGUGGCAGAGAAGAUGGAAGGACUGAGACCCAGCAGGCUAAGUGACCUGCCCGAGGUUAGGCAGCAUGUCAGUGGUGACCCUCGAUUCCCGUCUCAGGAAAACUGACCGAACGGCCCAGGGGCAUUCUGGAAGCUGCCAGCAUGGCCACGUCCUUCCAGUCCUCCUCCAGGCUGUUCUGACGCACCAGCAGCCAGGUGAAGGCAGGGACAGUGGAGAUGUUAGGCUGCAGGGAGCUGCAAAGGGCCACCACGGGCCCCUCCAGCUGAGAUGCAAAGACCCGGAGUGGAUGAAGCACGGAAACUUGCACUGACUGGCAAAUUUGCUUUUGCGCCAAAUAACCACAAGCUGAUUUUUCUCAUAUGCAAUGCUCUGCCAUCUCCUGCCUCACCCUAGCUAGGCCCGGGCAAGCCUCAGGGCUCGGGACCCCAGUUCCACCUGCCCAGUCUCCAGCCCAGUGCCCUUGUUACAAUGGAUCCCAAAGAAUGGUCCUCCACCAAAAGGCACGUUUAAGAAAACCACCACGAAAGACAAGAGAGGCUCCACCUGGGAACUGCCACUCUGAUGGUGUCCCAUGUGGCGAGAACGAACUGGGGCUCAUGAUACUGUUCCAGCGACUGUGGGUUAAGAGCAGGAGUCCUCGGCCUGGCCUUCCAGACCCUCCAUGAUCAGGCCCUGCUGACUUUGCCAGCCAUGUCACCCAUCUCUCCUACUCUGUGCCUGGCCAGACUAAAUCCUAUUUGUCAUUUCUAGAAUAGACAGGUUGUUCCACAUGUGCCACUCCCUGGGUCUGGAAACUCCCUUCUCUUUCCCCAAGUCCUCAUUUUUUGAGGAUUAACUCAGAUAGCACUUCCUCCAGGAAGCCCCCUGUGAUGUUCUUUUGCUUUUUUAGCAUCUGUCACAACACCCACUGAUCACUGUUGAGACUAUAAUAGUGUAUCUGGUCUCCUACCGGACCACGAGCUCCUUGAUGGCAGGGGUCAUGUAAAUUCGUCUUUGGAUCCUCAUCUGACACAAAGAUGGCACUCAGUAGAUGUGUAGAGAGGAAAGGAGGAAGGAAGGAAUGAAGAGAGGCAAGGAGAGACAAAGACCUCAGCUCUGGCAGUGGAAUAAUCUCUACAAAGCCAAAGCUGUCCCCUGCAGGUGGUGAGUUUGCUGUCAGCAGAGGUGUGAGCAGGGCAUAGGCCCGCCAGCUGGAGAUGUGGUAUGAGAGCUGAAGUCUUGGCAAGGGAUUGGUGUGGAUGACAUUGAGGGUCCCUCCUGGCUCUGUAAUGCUCAGGUUCUUUGAACAUUGUUAUUUUUCCAAAAAUUCAUCUAAGCAGCCAAAAACAUCACCCAGGCUGGCCGUCUAAACCAGUAAGGUUCAGGAAUCCAUCCAGCCUCACACCCCUGUUCUUCAAGAGCCCAGCCAGGCCUGAAGUAAAUUGGCAGGCUUGCCGGCUACCCUGAGGCAGGGAGACUUCUGGGUGGUGGGGGAGGGCUGGACUGGAACCCAGGGCCCCUGACCCCAGCCAGAGCUCCUUCCCUCCCUGCCCCCGACCAUGGGGGAUGGAAGAGAGGGGUCACGAGGACUGAUCGACCCCCUACUUGGCCCUUUCCUGGGAGUAUGGGCACACCCUCAGACCUCCCCAUCCUUUCUCCAAAUGUUGGCUCUUCCUCUCCAGAGGUGCUCUGGAUACUCCUUCACCUUGCUAGGUGACCUUGGGCAAGCCCCUGCUCCUUUCUGAUUAAAUGGAGACCUUGUUUCCUGCCCAGGCCAUUCUGGGGGCUGGAGGAAUGCUGUGUGCAAUCUCAGGGCUCCGUGAAGGUGAGGCACCACCCCUCCUCAGGCUCCGUGCUCAGCUUUCCUCCCAGGCCCCACAGACCGCCUUGGGGUUGGGAGCAUGUCGCAGACAGGCCAGGGUGACAGAGGAGCAUGCCUUAAAGGUUGCUCCCUCCCAGACCUGCUUCAGGGAAAGUGGGCUUUGGAUGGGACCUGAAUCUAAGACAUUUCCAGGGAGGCUGUGAGACAUCUUGGGCCCCAGGGGCUGGGGCAGCAGGGGCUAACUCUUGGCCAAGGGAGGUUCUAGGCCAGAGCAGGGGCAGCUGGAACUCUUGCCCCAUUCCCGGGCCUCAAAGAGAUUGCAGAAGGUCCCCCAGCUGACUCAUUUUGUGACACAAGCUUCAGAUCUUAAUGUAUUUGAAAGGUAUUGGUGAUGUUGUUCUUUUAACCACCUCUUCCCUUCACCUCUGUGAAUUAUCAUGAAGAGUCCUUUAAGAAUAUAGAAGACAAAGAAAGAUGCUAUUAAUGUUAUUUUGCCAAAAAUAUUUUUGUAGCAUAAUAUAUUAAUAAAAGACAUUAUAAAUUCAGCGGGA